CGGCAUUGCAUGACAGUUGUUUGAAUAACAAGUGGUUUAUUUUUAAAACCACACCUUUUAAAAUUUAGGUUCAAAUAAUCAUAGUCAAAAUCGGUUUAGUAAUUGAAAGAAAAACCAGCAGAAGUUGAAGCAAACAUGUCUGGAGAAGUGCGUUUGAGGCAGUUGGAGCAGUUUAUUUUGGAUGGACCCGCUCAGACCAAUGGGCAGUGCUUCAGUGUGGAAACGUUACUGGAUAUCCUCAUCUGCCUUUAUGAUGAAUGCAAUAAUUCUCCAUUGAGAAGAGAGAAGAACAUUCUUGAAUACCUAGAAUGGGCUAAACCAUUUACUUCUAAAGUGAAACAGAUGCGAUUACAUAGAGAAGACUUUGAAAUAUUAAAGGUGAUUGGUCGAGGGGCUUUUGGAGAGGUUGCUGUAGUGAAACUAAAAAAUGCAGAUAAAGUAUUUGCCAUGAAAAUAUUGAAUAAAUGGGAAAUGCUGAAAAGAGCUGAGACAGCAUGUUUUCGUGAAGAAAGGGAUGUGUUAGUGAAUGGAGACAAUAAAUGGAUUACAACUUUGCAUUAUGCUUUCCAAGAUGACAAUAACUUAUACCUGGUUAUGGAUUAUUAUGUUGGUGGGGAUUUGCUUACUCUACUAAGCAAAUUUGAAGAUAGAUUGCCUGAAGAUAUGGCUCGAUUUUACUUGGCUGAGAUGGUGAUAGCAAUUGAUUCAGUUCAUCAACUGCAUUAUGUACACAGGGACAUCAAACCUGACAAUAUAUUGAUGGAUAUGAAUGGACAUAUUCGGUUAGCAGAUUUUGGUUCAUGUCUGAAGCUGAUGGAAGAUGGAACGGUACAGUCCUCAGUGGCUGUUGGAACUCCAGAUUAUAUCUCUCCUGAAAUCCUUCAAGCCAUGGAAGAUGGAAAAGGCAGAUAUGGACCUGAGUGUGACUGGUGGUCCUUGGGGGUCUGUAUGUAUGAAAUGCUUUAUGGAGAAACACCAUUUUAUGCAGAAUCUCUGGUGGAAACAUAUGGAAAAAUCAUGAAUCACAAAGAGAGGUUUCAGUUUGCAGCUCAAGUGGCUGAUGUCUCUGAAAAUGCUAAGGAUCUUAUUCGAAGGCUCAUUUGUAGCAGAGAACAUCGACUUGGUCAAAAUGGAAUAGAAGACUUUAAGAAACACCCAUUUUUCAGUGGAAUUGAUUGGGAUAAUAUUCGAAACUGUGAAGCACCUUACAUUCCAGAAGUUAGUAGCCCAACAGAUACAUCAAAUUUUGAUGUGGAUGAUGAUUGUUUAAAGAAUUCCGAAACGAUGCCCCCACCAACACAUACUGCAUUUUCUGGUCACCAUCUGCCAUUUGUUGGUUUUACAUAUACUAGUAGCUGUGUUCUGUCUGAUCGGAGCUGUUUAAGAGUUACAGCUGGUCCCGCUCCACUGGAUCUCGAUGUUAAUGUUCAGAGGACUCUAGAUAACAACUUAGCAACCGAAGCUUAUGAAAGAAGAAUUAAACGCCUUGAACAGGAAAAACUUGAACUUAGUAGAAAGCUUCAAGAGUCAACACAGACUGUCCAGGCUCUGCAGUAUUCAACUGCUGAUGGUCCACUAACAGCAAGUAAAGAUUUAGAAAUAAAAAACUUAAAAGAAGAAAUUGAAAAACUAAGGAAACAACUAAGAGAAUCAAGUCACUUGGAACAGCAACUUGAAGAAGCUAAUUCUGUGAGGCGAGAACUAGAUGAUGCUUUUAGACAAAUCAAGGCUUAUGAAAAACAAAUCAAAACAUUACAACAAGAAAGGGAAGAAUUAAAUAAGGAACUAGUCCAGGCUAGUGAGCGAUUAAAAAACCAAUCCAAAGAACUGAAAGACGCACACUGUCAGAGGAAACUGGCCAUGCAGGAAUUCAUGGAGAUCAAUGAGCGGCUAACAGAAUUGCACACCCAAAAACAGAAACUUGCUCGCCAUGUCCGAGAUAAGGAAGAAGAGGUGGACCUGGUGAUGCAAAAAGUUGAAAGCUUAAGGCAAGAACUGCGCAGAACAGAAAGAGCCAAAAAAGAGCUGGAAGUUCGUACAGAAGCUGUAGCUGCUGAAGCAUCUAAAGACAGGAAAUUGCGCGAACAGAGCGAGCACUAUUCUAAGCAACUGGAAAAUGAAUUAGAGGGACUGAAGCAAAAACAAAUUAGUUACUCACCAGGAGUAUGCAGCAUAGAACAUCAGCAAGAAAUAACCAAACUAAAGACUGAUUUGGAAAAGAAAAGUAUCUUUUAUGAAGAAGAAUUGUCCAAGAGAGAAGGAAUACAUGCAAAUGAAAUUAAAAAUCUGAAGAAAGAACUACAUGAUUCAGAAGGCCAGCAACUUGCUCUCAACAAAGAAGUUAUGAUUUUGAAAGACAAAUUGGAAAAAAACAGGAGAGAGAGUCAAAGUGAAAGGGAAGAAUUUGAAAAUGAGUUCAAACAACAGUAUGAACGAGAAAAAGUGUUAUUAAUGGAAGAAAAUAAAAAACUGACAAGUGAGCUUGAUAAGCUUACCACUUUGUAUGAGAACUUAAGUACAUGCAACCAGCAGUUAGAAGAAGAGGUAAAAGAUCUAGCAGACAAGAAGGAAUCAGUUGCACACUGGGAAGCUCAAAUCACAGAAAUAAUUCAGUGGGUCAGUGAUGAAAAGGAUGCACGAGGAUAUCUUCAGGCCUUAGCUUCUAAAAUGACUGAAGAAUUGGAAGCUUUAAGAAACUCCAGCUUGGGUACCCGAGCAACAGAUAUGCCCUGGAAAAUGCGUCGUUUUGCAAAACUGGAUAUGUCAGCUAGACUGGAGUUGCAGUCAGCUCUGGAUGCAGAAAUAAGAGCUAAGCAGGCCAUCCAAGAAGAGCUGAAUAAAGUUAAAGCGUCUAACAUCAUAACAGAAUGUAAACUAAAAGAUUCAGAGAAGAAGAACUUGGAACUACUAUCAGAAAUUGAACAACUGAUAAAGGACACUGAAGAGCUUAGAUCUGAAAAGGGUAUAGAGCACCAAGACUCACAGCAUUCUUUCUUGGCAUUUUUGAAUACGCCUACCGAUGCUCUGGAUCAAUUUGAAACUGAUCCCGUUGAGAACACAUAUGUACGGAAUCCGAACGUCAAGUUUUACAUCCAGUCAAGGUCCACAUCUCCUUCCACAUCUAGUGAAGCUGAGCCAGUUAAGACUGUAGACUAUACUCCACUUCCAGUUCACACACCAACCUUAAGGAAAAAGGGAUGCCCUGGCUCAACUGGCUUUCCACCUAAGCGCAAGACUCAUCAGUUUUUUGUCAAAUCUUUUACUACUCCUACCAAAUGUCAUCAGUGUACCUCCUUGAUGGUGGGCUUGAUAAGACAAGGCUGUUCCUGUGAAGUGUGUGGAUUUUCAUGUCACAUAACUUGUGUAAACAAAGCUCCAACUGCUUGUCCAGUUCCUCCUGAACAGACAAAAGGUCCCCUGGGUAUAGAUCCACAGAAAGGAAUAGGAACAGCAUAUGAAGGGCAUGUCAGGAUCCCUAAGCCAGCUGGAGUGAAGAAAGGAUGGCAAAGAGCACUGGCUGUAGUUUGUGAUUUCAAACUCUUUCUGUACGAUAUUGCUGAAGGAAAAGCCUCUCAGCCCAGUGUUGUAGUCAGUCAGGUGAUUGACAUGAGGGAUGAAGAAUUUUCUGUGAGUUCAGUCUUGGCUUCUGAUGUUAUUCAUGCAAGUCGAAAAGACAUACCCUGUAUAUUUAGAGUCACAGCUUCCCAGCUCUCAGCGUCUAAUAACAAAUGUUCAAUCCUGAUGCUAGCAGAUAGUGAGAAUGAGAAGAGUAAAUGGGUGGGAGUGCUGAGCGAAUUGCACAAGAUUUUGAAGAAAAACAAGUUCAGAGACCGCUCAGUGUAUGUUCCCAAAGAGGCUUAUGACAGCACUCUUCCCCUCAUUAAAACGACCCAGGCAGCUGCAAUCAUAGAUCAUGAAAGAAUAGCUUUGGGGAAUGAAGAAGGGUUAUUUGUUGUGCAUGUCACCAAAGAUGAAAUUAUUAGAGUUGGUGACAAUAAGAAGAUUCAUCAGAUUGAACUCAUUCCAAAUGAUCAACUUGUUGCUGUGAUCUCAGGACGAAAUCGUCAUGUACGACUUUUUCCUAUGUCAGCUUUGGAUGGGCGAGAGACUGAUUUUUAUAAAUUGGCAGAAACUAAAGGGUGUCAAACCAUAACUUCUGGAAAAGUACGUCAUGGAGCUCUUACAUGCCUGUGUGUGGCUAUGAAAAGGCAGGUCCUCUGUUAUGAACUAUUUCAGAGCAAGACCCGUCACAGAAAAUUUAAGGAAAUUCAAGUCCCAUAUAAUGUCCAGUGGAUGGCAAUCUUCAGUGAACAACUCUGUGUGGGAUUCCAGUCUGGAUUUCUAAGAUACCCCCUGAGUGGAGAAGGAAGCCCAUACAGUAUGCUCCAUUCAAAUGACCAUACACUCUCAUUUAUUGCACAUCAACCAAUGGAUGCCACCUGUGCAGUUGAAAUCUCCAGUAAAGAAUAUCUGCUGUGUUUUAACAGCAUUGGGAUAUAUACUGACUGUCAGGGCCGAAGAUCUAGACAACAGGAAUUGAUGUGGCCAGCAAAUCCUUCCUCUUGUUGUUACAAUGCACCGUAUCUCUCAGUGUAUAGUGAAAAUGCAGUUGAUAUCUUUGAUGUGAACUCCAUGGAAUGGAUUCAGACUCUCCCACUCAAAAAGGUUCGACCCUUAAACAGUGAAGGAUCAUUAAAUCUUUUAGGGUUGGAGACGAUUAGAUUAAUAUAUUUCAAAAAUAAGAUGGCAGAAGGGGAUGAACUGGUAGUUCCUGAAACAUCAGAUAAUAGUCGGAAACAAAUGGUUAGAAAUAUUAACAAUAAGAGGCGUUAUUCCUUCAGAGUUCCAGAAGAGGAAAGGAUGCAACAAAGGAGGGAGAUGCUGCGAGAUCCAGAAAUGAGAAAUAAAUUAAUUUCCAACCCAACUAAUUUUAACCACAUAGCACACAUGGGUCCAGGAGAUGGAAUACAGAUUCUAAAAGACCUGCCCAUGAACCCUCGGCCUCAGGAAAGUCGGACAGCAUUCAGUGGCUCGGUCAGUAUUCCAUCUAUCACCAAAUCCCGCCCUGAACCUGGUCGCUCCAUGAGUGCCAGCAGUGGCCUGUCAGCAAGGUCAUCCGCACAGAACGGCAGUGCAUUAAAGAGAGAAUUCUCUGGAGGAAGCUACAGUGCAAAGCGGCAGCCCAUGCCCUCCCCGUCAGAGGGCUCGCUGUCCUCGGGAGGCCUGGACCAGGGAAGUGACGCCCCGGCGAGGGACUACGACGCAGAGGACUCUGAUUCUCCAAGGCAUUCCACGGCUUCCAACAGUUCCAACCUGAGCAGCCCUCCCAGCCCGGUGUCGCCCCGGAAGACCAAGAGCCUCUCCCUGGAGAGCACCGACCGCGGGAGCUGGGACCCGUGAGUGGCCUCCGCUCUCAGACCAGACGCCGGCAGCGGCCGCUCUGGGCUCCCCUCCGCUCACUCACCCUGUGCUCUCACUGUCAUACCCGCCCCCCACCCCUGCCUGGAAGCGCCAGGGCCGCAGCAGUAGCAGGCGGGGACUCAGGAAUUCUGCCUCUGGGACUCGCGUCCACGCCCCCUCGACUGAACAGCGACAGCCGUAAAGGCAGACUUUCAUUGAGCAGCUCAGAUUAAUAACGAUUUCAUUUCAUACACUUAGCGUUGCUUUCCAGAAUAUUUCACCCCUCCCCUGAAAGGUAGCUUAAGUAGGCAGAUUACACAAAUGUAAGCGAUAAGAGUAAGAUUAGACAGCCAUUGUUUUCACAGUAGAGUCUCGUUGUAGCCCUGAGACAGCACGUGGGGCUCGCCAGCGGGCCCCGGGCACGCCAAGGCCCUUCAGCACCACAGUGAAUGUCGACCUGAUCGUUGCCAGUAAAUCCCUGUUCACUAAAACGAUGCAUAUUUUACUACAAAAUAGAGUUUAACUAAAUACACAAAUGUAGAGGUUAAAUACUGACUGUAUAUAAUAAAAAGAAGCAUCUUGUAUUCAACAAAAGAUGGAUGCAUAUAUGAGACAGAGAUCAUUUAAUUUAAAGAAAUGUGCUGUUUCUUGUCUGUUUUCCACCUAAGAUAUUAAAGGGUAGAAAGGCCUCCAGCUGACGUUCACAGAGGGAGAGGGAGAGGCGUGAGAAUUCCCCUUAGAGAAUUCCCCUUAGAAUUCCUCACACUGGCCGCAGUCACCUGGGAGCUUCAGGGAACGUUCCAAGGCUUUGGUUUCAUCGGUUUGGAGUGUGACCUGGAAACCAGACUUUUAACAUUUGAAGCCUCUUCAGCAGCAUCAUUAAAAGGCAUAUUUACUUCUAUCCAAGACAUUUCUUUUUCUAGCAGUAGAAUUUGAACCACACUUCUCAUUUAUUACUAUAUUUUGGUGUCUUCUGCUGAUGAAUGUAGAAAUGCAUUUUGUCACCUUCUGGAUCCCUUCCACCUGAAAGGACACAAGGAAUGUCGUAGUUUCUGAAGGUCCAUAAAAGGGUUCAUGAAAGUGCUUUUUCUCCUUGGCUAAUCCCCUUACUCCCUGAGUGGCAACGAGGCCUCUGGGCCCCGGCUGCGGCGGCUUCUCCGG